UCUCAUAUUAUCCGGCAGAGACAGAAAAGAAAACGAUGACUAACUUCUCCCGAUCCAAAUCCACCGGAACUAUCGGGUUCCCGGAGUUUAAACCGACUCGACCUGGUCCAGACAUAUACGAGAACAUCCACAACGAUGACGACGAGUACGAGGAAGGACAUAGCACUACGAGCACAGACUACUACGACGCUUCAACGCCGUUGAGCUCACACGUGUCAAGAUCCGGGAACGGGUCCGGGUCCGGGUCGGGUCAGUUAACGAUCGUAGACCUUCUUGCGGCGGUUUUGAGGAAGUCGCUGGUGAUGUCGUGUGCCAUGGAGAGAGGGGACGAUGACGUGGCGGCGUCUAUGGAUAUAGGUUGGCCGACGGAGGUUAAGCACGUGAGUCACGUGACUUUUGACCGGUUUAAUGGUUUUCUUGGUCUUCCGUCUGAGCUCGAACCGGAGGUUCCUCCUCGAGCUCCUAGCGCCAGUGUAAGUGUAUUUGGAGUAUCGGCAAAGUCAAUGCAAUGCUCUUAUGACGACAGAGGAAAUAGUGUCCCAACAAUCCUUCUCAGGAUGCAAAAACGUCUAUACACCGAAGGAGGUCUUAAAGCAGAAGGAAUAUUCCGAAUAAAUCCAGACAACGGCAAAGAAGAGCAUGUCCGAAGACAGCUAAACCGCGGUGUGGUACCACGUGGAAUUGACGUACAUUGCUUGGCAGGAUUAAUAAAGGCAUGGUUUAGGGAGCUACCUACAGGAGUGCUUGAUGUGUUGACUCCAGAGCAAGUAAUGAGGUGUAACACAGAGGAGGAUUGUAGCCGGCUAGUGACACUUCUUCCUCCCGUUGAAUCUGCGCUUCUUGACUGGGCCAUUGGUCUAAUGGCGGAUGUGGUGGAGCAUGAACAGUUUAACAAAAUGAAUGCUCGCAAUGUAGCUAUGGUCUUUGCCCCCAACAUGACUCAAAUGGCAGAUCCAUUAACUGCACUAAUCCACGCGGUGCAAGUGAUGAACUUUCUCAAGACUUUGAUCUUAAUGAACCUCAAAGAGAGGGACAACGCAGACGCGAAAGCAAGGUGGCUCGAGAAACAAACAUCUAAUCCAUCAGAAGAAUGGGAAUCACAACACUCUGAGAUAUUAAGCCCUGAGAAACCCAACAAUAAUAACCCUAAGUUCUUGAGAGUGGCUACUCUGUGUAGGUUAGAGGCUGACAAUGAAGAAGAGUUUUGGAACAAAAAGAAGAGAAACGAUCAUGAAGCUAUUUUAAAUGCUUCAUCGGGUAAUGAAAACAUCGGACCGGUACAAAGGUUAUGUAAGCAUCCACUGUUUCAGUUAAGCAAAUCCACAAAGAAAGCUUUUGUAAGUAAUCGAGAUGAAGGAAGGAAAGGACGAGAAGCUUGGAGUUCACGUCUCUCGUCUUUGCCUUGGUAAAAUUUUCUGACCUCACUUUAUUUUUCAUG